AUGUCAAAUGAAUUGCCGAAGAAUUAGUCAAUCGGACAAUAUAUUUUUAGUAUUUCUCGUAUUUGAUUAUGCAAAGGCAAGACUUUGGGACAGGGAACCUUUGGAAAAGUGAAAUUGGCAACCCACAUUCUGACCGGAGAGAAAGUUGCAAUUAAGAUACUAGAAAAGUAGAAGAUCUGCGAUCAAUCCGAUAUUGAACGCGUAACGAAGGAGAUACAAAUAUUGAAGAAGGUGCGCCAUCCAAACUUAGUCUAAUUGUAUGAGGUAAUAUUUUUGAGUUCUUACCAGAUAAUAGAGACGCCCAAAUAGUUGUUUCUAGUUAUGGAAUAUGUAAACGGAGGAGAACUCUUUGACUAUAUCGUCCAAAACCAACGCAUUAAAGAUGUCGAAGCAAUCAGAUUUUACAGUUAAUUAAUUUCAGGCAUCGAAUAUCUCCACAAACUCCAAAUUGUUCAUAGAGAUCUCAAGCCUGAGAAUCUGAUUCUAGAAGGGAGAGGCAAAAUUAAAAUCAUCGACUUCGGCUUAUCCAAUUUUUAUUCAACUGAUGAAUUAUUAAAGACAGCAUGUGGAUCACCUUGUUAUGCUGCUCCAGAAAUGAUUGCUGGCAAAAAGUACAGUGGCCUAUAAGUCGACAUCUGGAGUUCAGGUGUCAUCCUAUUUGCCAUGUUGGCUGGGUAUCUUCCUUUUGAAGAUCCCAAUACAUCUUAGUUAUACAAGAAAAUAAUAUCUGGAGAUUUUAAGUUUCCCAAGUACAUUUCAGGAGAGGCUAAGGAUCUAAUCAAGAAUAUAUUGAAUGUCGAUCCCCAGAAAAGGUAUACCAUUGCAGAAAUUCGUAAACACUGUUGGUUUAGUUUUUGUAUAAAUUCAAUCUUAUAAAGUUUAAUUAAGACAAUUAAAAAAUACCAACUGGCCUCAUUGUUGCUUAACAUCGAAUUCCAAUAGAUCCUGAAAUAGUUAAAUAAAUGAUUCAAUAUGGAAUCUAAAAUGAUUAUGCUGAAAAAUGUGUUGAAACAAAUCGACAUAAUCAUGUGACAACCACAUAUUAUCUGUUAUUGAAAAAACAUAUAUAAGCAGGCAAUAAGUCAAUCGCAGGUAAUUGUGUUAUGUAUCAAACUUAUAGACAUAAACUCUGAAUAAUUUGAACCUCAAAGAAUAUCGAUUAGGUAAUCAACACAUACUGAUAGAAAGUACAUCAAUUAAAUCAAUCCAUUGCCCUUGAUAUAACGAAAAUGUACUUAUAUACAUUGGUAAUUAUCAUAGCAAGACACACCCAAUAAAGAGAUGAUUCUCCUGUAGAUACAAAACCUAGAUUAAAUAUUUCAGUCAAUACUCAUAACACAAUCUAAUAAUAGUAGUCUCCAACCAUUAUGAAUCAGUCCGUUGAUGUGAAGAGGAAGGACAUGAGGGAUUUUUAGAAGACUACUCUUUUGGAAACGAGUUUAUUAUAAUAAUCUAAUGAUGUUAAGAUUUUGAAAUUGAAGACUCCUGUUAGUAGAAAUUAUAUAAUGGGUGACUAUUACAGUAGAUUUGAAAGGAAAUCUAGAAAUCAAGAUAGGAAGAAGUCUAUGGAUUAGGAUUAAACUUGCUUUAGAACAUUUUAUAAGGGAAGUCCUAUUCCGAAAAGGUGA